UGCUUCAGUUCGCAGAUAUCAUGCACUCGAGAGUUUUUCUCUGUGUUUUAAGCGUUGCUUUCCUAGCGAGCUUCGCGCAAGGCUGUGAAGAUAGAAGAAGAGAAUGUUCAGGCUGGGCGCGAAGAGGGUUUUGCUCCGGAAAAUAUGAACAGUAUAUGAAGCGAAAUUGUCAAAAGAGCUGUAAAUUUUGUGGAGGCGGUGGCGGAGGAGGCGGAGGAGACGGAGGAGGUGGCGGUGGAAAUGGACAAUGCGGAUACAAGCCAAGUGUACGAAUCGUCGGUGGUAGCGAGGCUCCAAGAGGAGCCUGGCCGUGGCAAGCCCAGGUCAGGUCGAGUAACGGUUUUACAUUUUGUGGAGGAACCUUAGUACAUCCCCGCUGGAUUGUUACUGCUGCUCACUGUGUCCCGAAUAAACCUCCUUCGAGCAUUCGAGUAAGGCUUGGUGCUCACUAUCGCAGCCGCAAAACAGGGAGCGAACAGGACUUCGAAGUGGAACGAAUCAUCUCCCAUCGUAGCUAUAAACGACCUUAUGGUAUGGCUCACGACAUUGCUUUGUUGAAACUGCGCAGGCCAGCUCAGAUCAACAGAAAUGUGAACCUGGCCUGCUUGCCUGGGUCGAGUGGUGAAGCCCAAGUUGGAAAGACAUGCUGGGUAACAGGAUAUGGAACACUCUCUUCAGGUGGUUCACUGGCAGACAGGCUAAUGCAAGUUGACGUGCCAAUUGUCUCACAGUCCCAGUGCAAACAAGGUUACGGCUCAUCAAUUCACGAAUCCAUGGUCUGCGCUGGAUUCCGGCAGGGAGGCAAAGACUCGUGCCAAGGAGAUUCAGGAGGGCCGUUGGUGUGUGAAAUGAGUGGAAAGUACUAUUUGGAAGGGGUGGUGUCCUGGGGACACGGAUGUGCUGCGCGCGGGAAAUACGGCGUGUACGCCAGGGUCCGUUACUUGAGGCAAUGGAUUGAUGAUACCAUGGGUAGAUACUGAGAAAUGGUGUCAUUAAAUUAUAAUCAGUCAAAAAAGUAAAGUAAAAGGA